GUAAGACAGAAAGCAAAGACGCUUUUUACUUUGCUGGGAUGUUUCGCAUCACCAACAUUGAAUUUCUUCCGGAAUACCGACAAAAGGAGUCCAGGGAAUUUCUUUCCGUGGCACGGACUGUGCAGCAAGUGAUAAACCUGGUUUAUACAACAUCUGCCUUCUCCAGAUUUUAUGAGCAGUCUGUUGUUGCAGAUGUCAGCAGCAACAACAAGGGUGGCCUCCUUGUCCACUUUUGGAUUGUAUUCGUCAUGCCACGUGCCAAAGGCCACAUCUUCUGUGAAGACUGUGUGGCCGCCAUCUUGAAGGAUUCCAUCCAGACAAGCAUCAUAAAUCGGACCUCUGUGGGGAGCUUGCAGGGUCUGGCUGUGGACAUGGACUCUGUGGUACUAAAUGCUGGGCUUCGGUCGGAUUACUCGUCAACCAUAGGAUCUGACAAAGGCUGCUCUCAGUACUUCUAUGCAGAGCAUCUGUCUCUCCACUACCCGCUGGAGAUUUCUUCAACCUCAGGGAGGCUGACGUGUCACUUCAAGCUGGUGGCCAUAAUGGGCUACCUAAUUCGUCUGUCAAUCAAGUCCAUUCAAAUCGAAGCCGACAACUGUGUCACUGACUCCCUGACCAUUUACGACUCCCUCUUGCCAAUCCGGAGCAGCAUCCUGUACAGAAUUUGUGAACCUACAAGAACAUUAAUGUCGUUUGUUUCUACAAAUAAUCUCAUGUUGGUGACAUUUAAGUCUCCUCAUAUACGGAGGCUCUCAGGAAUCCGGGCAUAUUUUGAGAUCAUUCCAGAACAAAGGUGUGAAAACACAGUGUUGGUAAAAGAAAUAACUGGCUUUGAAGGGAAGAUUUCAAGUCCAUAUUACCCGAGCUACUAUCCUCCAAAAUGCAAAUGCACCUGGAAAUUUCAGACUUCUCUAUCAACACUUGGCAUAGCACUGAAAUUCCAUAACUAUUCAAUAACCAAGAAGAAUAUGAAAGGCUGUGAGCAUGGAUGGUGGGAAAUUAAUGAGCACAUGUACUGUGGCUCCUAUAUGGAUCAUCAGACAAUUUUUCGAGUGCCCAGCCCUCUGGUUCACAUUCAGCUCCAGUGCAGUUCAAGGCUUUCGGACAAGCCACUUUUGGUAGAAUAUGGCAGUUACAACAUCAGUCAACCCUGCCCUGUUGGAUCUUUUAGAUGCUCCUCCGGUUUAUGUGUCUCUCAGGCCCAGCGCUGUGAUGGAGUAAAUGACUGCUUGGAUGAAAGUGACGAACUGUUUUGCGUGAGCCCUCAACCUACCUGCAAUACCAGCUCCUUCAGGCAGCAUGGCCCUCUCAUCUGUGAUGGCGUCAGGGACUGUGAGAAUGGCCAGGAUGAGGAAAACUGCACUCAAAGUAUUCCAUGCAACAACAGGACUUUUAAGUGUGGCAAUGAUAUUUGCUUUAGGAAACAAAAUGCAAAAUGUGAUGGGACAGUGGAUUGUCCAGAUGGAAGUGACGAAGAAGGCUGCACCUGCAGCAGGAGUUCCUCCACCCUUCACCGCAUCGUUGGGGGCACAGACACCCUGGAGGGGGGUUGGCCGUGGCAAGUCAGCCUCCACUUUGUUGGAUCUGCCUACUGUGGUGCCUCGGUCAUCUCCAGGGAGUGGCUUCUUUCUGCAGCCCACUGUUUUCAUGGAAACAGGCUGUCAGAUCCCACACCAUGGACUGCACACCUUGGGAUGUAUGUUCAGGGGAACGCCAAGUUUGUCUCCCCGGUGAGAAGAAUUGUGGUCCAUGAGUACUAUAACAGUCAGACUUUCGAUUAUGAUAUCGCUUUGCUACAGCUCAGUAUUGCCUGGCCUGAGACCUUGAAACAGCUCAUUCAGCCAAUAUGCAUUCCUCCCUCUGGCCAGAGAGUUCGCAGUGGGGAGAAGUGCUGGGUAACUGGCUGGGGGCGAAGGCAUGAAGCAGAUAAUAAAGGCUCCCUUGUUCUGCAGCAAGCAGAGGUAGAGCUCAUUGAUCAAACUCUCUGUGUUUCCACCUACGGGAUCAUCACUUCUCGGAUGCUCUGUGCAGGCGUAAUGUCAGGCAAGAGAGAUGCCUGCAAAGGAGAUUCAGGUGGACCUCUAGCUUGUCGAAGAAAAAGUGAUGGAAGAUGGAUUUUGACUGGCAUUGUUAGCUGGGGACAUGGAUGUGGACGACCAAAUUUUCCUGGUGUUUACACACGGGUGUCAAACUUUGUUCCCUGGAUUCAUAAAUAUGUCCCUUCUCUUUUGUAAUUGUACUAGUUGGAUUUUUACUGUGAUUUAUGUUAAAAAUAGAUACUUUAAACUGAUGCAAUAAUUAUUAAUAAAAUGAGUCCCUUACUUUUUUCAACUGGAAAUGUCAAAUUGCAUACAUUUAAUACUUAUUGAGAGAUUAAUAUGUAUUCCAUGACAAGUUUUUCCAAGAAAAUAACUAUAUUCAUUCUUAUGUAUCAAAAGUCUAUUGAUUCAGAGAUGGAAGAAACCUAAAGUAAUGUUAUAAACCAAGCCUCUAAAAACAAUAAAAAAUGAGAGAGAUGUUCAGGGAUCCUUCUUCUAUGUCCCUAUUCAAUGUUCAGAUAUUCAUAAAACUUAGAGCAAAUUUGAUUUAUUAAAAUAAGAAAUUCCAAUAAAAACUAUACCUGACCUUCAGCAAUUUCAAGAAACUAAAUGCACAAAAUAUCUCCUUUGCAAAUGCAAAUAAAGCAAAAUUCAGUUAUUGACAGAAAAAGUACCUAUAUUGUUGCUUUACAAUCCAAUUUUGUCUAACCAUAUCAUAGUGGACCAUCUUCAGCCAUGGCACAUGGUAAUGUUGUGUACAGAGAAACAAUCAACCAACCAACAAAACUAACAGCCACUUUUACUAAAUGGCAGAAUAAAGCAUCAUGUUAACUGAAUCAAAAGCAUGUAUAUGAGAUUCAGAGAAAUUGUUGUAA